UCCUCCUUCUCCUCCUCCUCCUGUCCUCCUCGAGGUGUCUGGAUGUGAGAGCUGCAGCUGAGACAGGUUGGAGAUUUAUUCCGUCUCUGCAGGAGACACAGAGAGACACAGAGACAGACAGAGAGAGACAGAGAGACAGCUCGGCUCUGCGUUCAGCUGCGCGCUGGUGAAGACUCGUUCUGCAGCCACGAUGUGGACCCGACUGGGAGCGGCGUGCGUCUGGGCCUGGCUACUGGCAGUCAACGUUCUGGGCAAAAGCUCGAAUCAGAACGGAUCAGACGAGCAGAAGGACAACACCACCGUCUUCACGCGCAUCCUGGACAGUCUGCUGGACGGCUACGAUAACCGUCUCAGGCCGGGACUCGGAGAGCGUGUGACUGAGGUGAAGACGGACAUCUUCGUGACGAGUAUUGGCCCCGUCUCCGAUCACGACAUGGAAUACACCAUAGACGUGUUCUUCAGACAGAGCUGGAAGGACGAGCGUCUGAAGUUUAAAGGUCCGAUGGCCGUUCUGCGCCUCAACAACCUGAUGGCCAGUAAGAUCUGGACCCCCGACACGUUCUUCCACAACGGCAAGAAAUCCGUCGCUCACAACAUGACCAUGCCGAAUAAACUGCUGCGUAUCACGGAGGAGGGAACGCUGCUCUACACCAUGAGGUUGACGGUGCGAGCGGAGUGCCCGAUGCACUUGGAGGACUUCCCCAUGGAUGCUCACGCCUGUCCUCUCAAAUUUGGCAGCUAUGCGUACACGCGUGCCGAGGUGGUGUACGUGUGGACGAGAGGAGCCGCCCAGUCAGUGGUGGUGGCUGAAGACGGGUCUCGACUGAACCAGUACGACCUGAUGGGACAGACGGUGGACUCGGGCGUGGUCCAGUCCAGCACCGGCGAGUACGUUGUCAUGACGACGCACUUCCACCUGAAAAGGAAGAUCGGCUACUUUGUCAUUCAGACGUAUCUGCCGUGCAUCAUGACCGUCAUCCUGUCACAGGUCUCCUUCUGGCUCAACAGAGAAUCCGUUCCUGCCAGGACUGUGUUCGGAGUGACCACCGUCCUGACCAUGACCACUCUGAGUAUCAGCGCUAGGAACUCUCUGCCCAAAGUGGCCUACGCCACCGCUAUGGACUGGUUCAUCGCCGUCUGCUACGCCUUCGUCUUCUCCGCCCUCAUCGAAUUUGCCACCGUCAACUACUUCACUAAGAGGGGCUACGCCUGGGACGGCAAGAGCGUCGUACCGGAGAAGCAAAAGAAGAAAAAGGAGUCUCUGCUGAAGAAGAACAACACCUACACGGCUGCCACGGCAACCGCUUUCGCCCCCAACAUCGCCAGAGACCCAGGACUAGCAACCAUUGCCAAAAGCGCGCCUCCUCCACCGACCGAACCGAAAGAAGAGCCAAAACCCAAACCGGCUGAAGCCAAGAAAACAUUCAACAGCGUGAGCAAAAUCGACCGGAUCGCCAGAAUAGCGUUUCCUCUGCUCUUUGGUACCUUCAACCUGGUCUACUGGGCGACAUAUCUAAAUAAAAAACCCAAAAUUCAAGAUGCGCUAACACCCCACUAAUCCUAAACCUUUGUUUGUCCCUCUUUCUUUCUCCUCUCUUUCCUUUAAACGUCUCUUUCAAACUAGAACAAAAUAGUGGUCAAGUUGCUAGUCUCUACUCCGCCUCGUCUGUAAUAUAAGCGCUUCAUUGAUAAAAAAAAAAAGAAAAGAAAAAGAAAAUAGAAAUCUUUAAAAUGUGCUCAAUGCGUUGCCAUGACAAUUCCACCCCGAUGCUAACGUAGCGCAUCGCUACCUGUGUAUAUACUGUACAUAAGCAGUAUAUAACUUCACCCUCCCACAGACAGGACAGGACUUUUUAGUUUCUCAUCACACCAUCGUGCAUGGGUGCACUUUUUCCGUUUCCAUGACGACGGUCGACGCUACCUUCGAGUGUUCUUCCAUUCUCCGUAGUCGAUGUUUUCUAUUUUAAAUAGAUUUUUCGACAUUGCAAGAGCAAUAAAAUAAAACAUGUCUCAGUGAACGCACGUUCGCUUUCUUCGGUCAUAAACACUGAAGCAGUUUAUCAUAAAGUUCCACAUUUAUUUCACUUUACUGUAAAUAUUCUAUAAAACGUUAGAGAUGUCAAGCAUCUGUACGAGCUUUGCUUAACAUACGAGAUACAAUCAUUUCGAGAGAGCUGUUGGGGUUUUUUUGAAACGACACUUUGAGGGUAAUUAUAUAAACUAUAUAAACUAUAUAAAUUAUUUUACGCCGAGAAAAUUCAUAUGUCCACACUAGCAAGCUAAAAAACAUCAGAAAGGUUUUUUUUAAUCAUGUGACAGUACAUGACUUAUGUAUAUCAGCUUUAUUAAUAUUAUUAUUUUUAUUUAUUUAUUUGAUUCUUUUUAAGAAAGUGAAGAGGCGUGUCCUAAAUUAAAUUAUUCCCAGCCUUUAUGUUAGCUUGUAUGGAGGGCGUCAAGAUUUAUGCAUAGCAUAGAUUAUAUUCAUUUAGCAGAAACAAAUUAUUCACUGAAGGAUGUGUUUUUCCUUUCGUUUCAACAUUAGCUCUGUGAACUCACGAGUCUUGGUUUUGUGAGCCAAUAGGAAAGAAGUGGGCGGGACUAGAAUUGCGUAGCUCAGGCUGUGAUUGCUUUCUCAGCUUAUCAUUAAUGAAAUGUGUUUAACACACAUAAGUUUACAGCUGCAACGCAGAUGUGGCGAGACUCACGGCUUUGGCUUUACUCUUUGAUGUCACGAAUGUACGCGAAGCCCCGCCCUCAGAUCAAACAAAUACUGGAAAAAAAAUGAGUAAUUAAAAAGACCAUAAGUCAUAAAAACCCAACUGUAAACCCAAUUGUGACACUCAGAGAAACCAAACAAACCUAUUUUAAAUUAAAAAGCUGAAUAGGCCACGCCCACAAGAAACAAACCUUGUCUCUUGCUAGUGUGAACACAAUGGCAGGUUUUUUAGCAAAACUUUUUUUCCUUUUAUGUAAUUGCUGUGAAGUAAAAUCGAUCUACUUGAAGGGAUUUUGCAGAAAUGUAUUUUAUAUUUAAUAUAAAACAAAUUCUUUGCUCAUUUCCACGUUUCGCUGUAGAGCUGCAUGCUGAAAGCCCUCGUACCGUGGGUCGGCCUGGAAUUCUGUCACUUUGCUGCUCGUCGACUAAACACGAAUGAAUGCAAAGCAAAGCGGCGCCUUUUCUUUGCUGCUGGAUUGGAAAGGCACUCCCUAGGUGGCGCUCUAAUCUCAGUGCGGUUAUUUUUGUCUUUGGUUGAAAACUUUUGAAAACUCAGAAAGCACCAGCUACACUGCCUUCUGCUUUGCACACGCUGUUCCAGACCCGGCGGACUUCUGUUCUAGCUCCAGAACGCAAACCACGUCGUGACGCAUCGUAGUCGUAGUCCAUCCAUUCUUUUUUUCUUGUAGCAUGAUGUCAGAUAAUAAACGGUUAGCACGGUUCGGUGUUGUUGCGAUUUCGAAAAAUUACGUUGAUGUAGCAAUAUGAGAAUAGUUAAAGGGCUUCUUCACGAUCGAACACUCGUCAUUCUGGACAUUUGCACGUUUCUCAAGUGGACGGGAGGUUCACACUACACGGCGAUAUCGCAGCGAAUAAAUACGCCACUUCUGUUCGGUUUCUGUUCGCGACGCUACGACACUUCGGAUGCACUCCUUCCUGUAUCCUGAAAUUCUUUUUGUUUUUCCAAUCUGGGCGGGUCAUGUGACUGGAGUUGAAAUGCACUCUGGGAUUUGUAGGAUAUGCAAGCAGACAGGAACUCACUCCAUGGAUCAAACGCUGUAUAAAUAUAAAUAUCUACAUUAUACAGAAUAUAAACAAUACCAUUAUGGAUGUUUAUCAUCAGCCUAAACGACAUACAUGUCUGGCCUGU